AUGAUCGUCCCAAAGGUCCUGGCUGGGCUUUUGCUCUCAGCGGCUUUGCCCACGACAGCACUUCCAUGGCCACAUUCAACUCAAGAGAUGGAAGAAUUGCUUGACUACAACUCUACCAUAUCUGCUCGGGCUGACGCCGGGGACUUCUACCUACGAAUAAUGCCCCUGGGUGCAUCGAUCGUAAGAGGAGAGUACUCCCAGGACGAAGCCAAGAACGGAUUCAGGAAGUUUGUACGUGAUAAACUACGCGAGCAGAAAUGGAAGGUCAACAUGGUUGGCAGUCUAAACUCUGGCUCCAUGGCAGACAAUGACCACGAAGCUAUCUCGGGUCAAACCGUGGAACAAGUUGCCAAACGUGGUCGUGAUUCUGCAAGAAAAUGGCUGCCUAAUGUGGUACUGGUCAAUGCAGGAACUAACGAUGCCAAUGAUAACCAAGCCGAUGUCAAUGCUGGCCGCACUGGCCUCAAGAUGAAAGAGCUCAUUGAAGGCAUCUUCGCUGAGGUCCCACAGGCUGUUGUGGUUCUGUCUACUCUUAUCCCCAAGGUCGGUAACGCGGAUUUUGUGGAGAAGAUUAACGAUCAGUAUCGCACUGUCUACCGUCAAUUCGUGCCUCUUGAUGAUAACGGCAAGGAAGAAACGAAUCCCCAGUUCAAGGUCGUAUUGGCCGAGAUGCAGCCAUUUCUGAAAUUGGAAGACAUUCAUGACAGAACUCAUCCAACUAUCCUGGGCGAGAGAAAGAUGGCAGCAGCUUGGGUUUGGGCCAUUAAUGUUGCUCAUGACCGAGGCUGGAUCCAACCUCCCAAGCAAAGCAGCGCCUUCGCUGAUGGCGAUGGUACAACAACGUGUCGCAAGGCAUUCGGUAGCGGAGCUUCUGAUAAUAGAAGUGGCCGUCAGAUCCUCUUUGCAGCAGAUUCUCUCAUUCGCGAUGACGGUGGCUACCGACACAGUUCUCAGCUUCGGGAAGACCGCAAGGGUUCCUUCACCAACACCAUCGGAGGUGGGCCAGACAAAGACAUGACCAAGACAUCCGAUAUCUGGUUUGCCCAACUUGUUAAUCUUAACGGCUCACCUAAGGGUGACGAGCGAGACGAGAUUAUCCUGGCGCCUUCGGACAAGUCUGAUCGCAGGUUCACCAUGUAUCUCAACAAUGGAAACGGAGAGUUUAAUAAUGGAUUCUCAAUUGAUCCAAAAAUGAGCUGUUCUAAUGCUCAUAUCCGAUGGGGUGACGUGAAUGCUGAUGGCUUGGAUGACUUUAUCUGUGUCCAGGCAAAUGGAGAGCUUUAUGUCUCAAUCAACAAGGGUGGAAGCCCACCGACGUUCCAGAACGUCGGUCUGUACAAGAAGCAGGAGAUGGGACUUGGUCGAGAUAGAGUGCGCCUUGGAGAUAUGGACGGUGAUGGCCGUCUCGACUACUGUGUUAUCUCAAACGCUGGCAACAUUCAUUGUUGGCGAAACGGUGGAGUUGGAGACAAGGCCGCAUACUGGCAAGACAUGGGUGAAGGAUCACACAUCUUCACAGCCAAGAACAAGGGUGACAUGCGUGGUGUUCAACUUGUGGAUGUCAAUGGAGACGGCCGAUACGACUGGACAUGGAUGAGUAUGUCUGGUGAAGUAGACACGCAAGUAGCCCUUCAGCAGUACAACAAGCAAAUGCUAACAGUGACCAACAGUUACAUCAACCAACGCGGUGACGGAAAAGGUAUGAAGCCAUACUGGAGAGCAGCCGGCAUCACACAUGCAGGACGACCCUACAGCAUCGGUGAGAACCGAGAGUUUAUCAAGUGGGGUCGCAUCUUCAGUGGACGUCCUUCAUACGUCAACUGGCAGCGUGAGGGUAACCUAUGCAAUGGAAAUGUUGUAUGUCGAGUUACUUAUCAGGUUUGGGAGAACAAGGGAGAGGGAGGGACUUCACAGAAAGGCGAUGGCAUCUUCUGGGGUGACACUACUGGCUCUGGUGUAGACGACUACGUCUGGAUCUCCAUGCAUGGUGAAGUCAAUGUUUUCGUCAACAAAAACACCAGAGCGAAACAUGACUUCUACGAAACCAAUGCUUGGGGAACACCUAGCAUGCUCAAGACAAAUCUUCCACGCCGAGCAUUACACAUCGCUGAUUGGGAUGGUGAUGGGAAGGACGACAUCAUUGGUGUCACCAACCUCAAGACUGGAUCCCUCAAAGUUUGGUUCAGCCGAUGGUCCAACGGGAAGCACAACUGGGAGGCACAAUCUAUUCCCGAUCCUGGAAGAGAGUGGUGUACUCAAGGCGUUGGACGACUGCCUUUCGACAAUGCCCACCACUUUGCUGACUUGACGGGUUCUGGACGAACGGAUUACAUCUGUAUGGCACCCUCCGGUCAGGCUUGGGCUUGGCUUCGAGGCAAGGAUGGCGUCGCUCGACCUUCUGGACAGAUCAAGUACCAUGAGGAGUUGGACCGAGCCAACUUCCAAUUCGCUGAUAUCAAUGGUGAUGGAAAAGCUGACUUGAUCCACAAGGACAAGUUCACCGGUGACACUCGUGUCUGGUACUUCGACAGGGUUGUGUCUGAGGCAGAGCGACCUGGCAACUCUGGCAGCAUCAUCAAGUGGGAUCGACCCGAGAAGCUGUUCCGUGGAUCAGUGCGAGGACCUGACACUCAUUACCCUCGGUUGAACAACCAGGGUCGCGCCGAUAUGGUCUAUGCAAAGGCCACCAAUGCACAUGCUCAUAUCUCUUUCAACACAUGCCCUGCUGGAGGAGACGACGACAAGACGGACACUGAUCUACCCACCUUCACUCCUCCUGAUCUCAACCCAGACCCAGAGGAUGACUGGUUUUGUAAGAAGGGUAAUGGAGCCAAGUGGACAGACAGUCUCUGGCGCCAGCACGGCGUUGGAACCUGGUUGCGACAGAGAACCGAUCUAUACAGCUCAGCUGAGAAUCGUUGGCCCAAUGAUGAGAACGCCAAGGGUGUCCCGCGUAUCAUCGCCGAGUACGAUGUUUACCAUCGUGACCAAACAUACAAUUGGCACACAACUUGUCUGAAUAUCGGUGACACCUGUGAUUUGAAGAAUGCUCCCGAGUCAGCUGCCGACUGCUCAAAACACCAAGAACGAGGCUUUGCCCUCUGGGCCAUGAGCAACUUUGCCCAGUUUCAGCAAAAGUGGUACGAAGCUGUCGGAGAGGGUGUCAAGAGUGCCCAAGGGUCUGCCGCUGGCAUAGCCAGCACGUUUUUGCCAGUCUCGGCUAAGGAUGCGAUGACCAGUUCCGCCGCCUGGCUCACAAUUGUGGCAGGCAUUUUCACAACCAUUGGCAGUGUAACGCCUGGCAUCAUCAAUAACGGGGCCAACCUGGCAGGAGGUGCUUUUACCAUCGCCGCCGGUGCAACAUCGUUCGCAGCAGACUUUCCCGAACCAAGUCUUGAGUUCCAGUCCUUUGCCGAUUUGAGUGACACACUCGGAAAGCUGCUCACCUUCUCGAGGGAAGCCAUGGGAGCACAGUAUGAUCGAUACUUUGUUGAAACGCCACCAAACAAUGACCGAGAGCGUGGCUCUGAGCUAUCUCGCGCGCUCGAAUCCGGAAUUUGGGCGAACCAGGACAUUGCGCAAGCUGGCACUAAUACCAUUUGGAAGCCGGAGAGAGUCAAACAAAUGAUAGAGGCUGCUAUGAUCAGCGAGGUUUGGAACGGUGGAGAAGUUGCCAUCUUCAAAUGGGGUAAGGAUCACGCACUGGCUAAGUGGGGAUUCAAUCCUUGCUUCGGUGGUGAUAAGUAUGGCAUGGACAAGCACAUCGCAUGCGUUAACGGCCAGAACUACCUCAUUGCCAAGCAAAUCACCAAGGACGAACAGAUUGAUGCCGAAACGUGGCCUGAGAUCGGAUCCGAUGAGAAGUCGCUUGGGACCUACAGCCUCAACCACGUCACUGUCAUCGAUGCAGCUGAGAGGACGCAAGAACGGGCCCAGAGAUUCAUUCCUCGUGGCCUCGACAAUCUUGGAGAACUUUUCACUGCCGGCGCCAAGCAACCUGAGAAGGAUGUCCAAGCCUACAUGACCUACUUCAACGUUCCUGUGUGCGAUCUCAACAAGCUCAAUAGCUUUGACUUGUACAAGGACCAUUUGACUGAGUCUCCUGCAGCCGACGUCUGUUCAAAGGCGGACUCUUACUUUGGCAAAUGGAUGAAGUUCUGUGUUGCACACAUGCUUGCGAAGAACUGCAGAAAGCUCAGUCUACCAGGUGGAAACUGGCCUUACCAGAAUGAUAUUUGA